UGCAUUAAAUUGUAGGUAUAUAGGAACCAUAUAUCAUUUCGUCCAUUAAAAUUCUCUCAUCUUGAAGGAUAAAAAAGCGUCUCAGACAGAAACAAGAACAACAAAGUUGCUUAACAACAUGGCUUUCAUGUUCCUCAAGAAGUUCAUCAUCCUCUUUAUUCUGAUUUCAGCAUCAUUUUUAUCAACCGCUUUUGCAGCAGGUCGAAAAUCGAUGUCUGUCAACAAGUUUGCCAAAGAAAUGGAUGCAACUACAGAGGAAAUGUUAGGGAAGCCAUUGAACCACAAAGAAGUAGCCAGAAUCCAUGAAAGGCUGCUUAGAGCUAACACCAAAGACUAUGGGCGAUAUGAUCCAGCACCAGCUCUUGUUAAGCCUCCUUUCAAGCUCAUUCCGAACUGAGAUGAUAGUGAUGGUUUUUGCCAUCCGCGUUCCCGGUCGGAUUAGUGAAUUAAUUGUAUUAAUUAAAUAAAUGAAGUGUGUAUCCAGUACUAUAAAGUCUUAAAAGAAAUCCUAGUGUACUUAUGUGAGAUAUAUAUAGAUAAUUUAUACUAAGUUUUGAACUGUAAUAUUGUAUUUUAAUUAAGUCUUAAGAAGAAUGAUGUUUUUAUG